AUGGAGACUAAAACCCUUGUUUCAGACAUCUCCAAAGGCCAGCACGAGGCGAACAAUGCUCAAGUCACUUCCGUACUUCCGGAUGGCGAUGUGCCAUAUACGGACCAUGAUAUGGAUGCCGAUGAGAGGGUGAUCACUGCGUUGGGUUACAAGCAAGAGUUCAAGCGCGAGUUCUCGCUAUGGACGACUUUUUGCGUCAGUUUUGCUGUUCUGGGGUUGCUACCAUCAUUUGCGAGUACCCUGUAUUAUGGAAUGGGAUACGCCGGAACAGCGGGUAUGGUCUGGGGCUGGAUCAUUGCCAUGAUAUUUAUCCAGUGCAUUGCAAUGUCAAUGGCAGAGCUAUGUUCAGCAAUGCCGACUAGCGGCGGACUAUACUACGCCGCAGCAGUCCUCGCACCCCCGGGCUACGGACCCUUCGCCGCCUGGAUCACCGGCUGGUCCAACUGGAUCGGACAAAUCACCGCAGCGCCAUCAGUCAACUACUCGCUCAGCGCAAUGAUCCUCGCAGCAGUCUCAGUCUACAACCCAUCCUACACCCCGACAACAUGGCAGACCUUCCUGCUGACAACCCUCAUAAUGAUCCUGCACGCCGGAAUCAGCAGCAUGUCCACAAAGCGCGUAGCACAGUUCAACUCAUGGGGCUCGAUAUUCAACUUUAUCGCGCUGAUCACAGUCCUCAUCAUGAUCCCCGCAAACACCAAAAACAGCCCGAAAUUCACACCCUCCAAACAAGUCUGGGGCGACAUAACAAACCUAACUGACUUCCCGGACGGCGUCGCCGUGCUCAUGACCUUCGUCGGCGUGAUCUGGACGAUGUCCGGCUACGAUUCGCCGUUCCAUUUGAGCGAGGAGUGCUCAAACGCGAACAUCGCCUCGCCGCGCGCAAUCGUGCUCACCUCCGGCGUGGGCGGGUUGAUGGGCUGGUUCCUACAAUUGGUCGUUGCAUACACAGUGCUGGAUAUCGAGGCCGUUAUUGAUUCCGAUCUGGGACAGCCCUGGGCGUCGUAUUUGCUGCAGGUCAUGCCGCAGAAGUCGGCUAUGGCUAUCUUGGCUUUGACGAUUGUCUGUGGGUUUUCGAUGGGUCAGGGAUGUAUGGUUGCCGCGUCGCGGGUUACGUAUGCUUAUGCUCGUGACGACUGCUUUCCGUACUCGGAUUACUGGAAGCAGGUGCAUCCGUAUACGCAGACGCCCAUUAAUGCGGUUGUAUUGAACGCCAUCCUCGGCAUCUUAAUGUGUCUCCUCAUUCUAGCUGGAGACGUGGCAAUCGGCGCUUUGUUCUCUAUUGGUGCCAUUGCGCAAUUCUUUGCUUUUGCUAUUCCUAUCAUGAUUCGGGUGUUCUUUGUCGGUAAUCGGUUCCGCAAGGGCCCCUGGCAUCUGGGUCCCUUUGGUCCGUUUAUCGGUGGCGUCGGCGUUGUCUUUGUGCUUUUGAUGAUCCCGAUCUUGUGUUUGCCUAGUGUUACUGGUAAGGACCUGACGCCUGAUCAAAUGAAUUGGACUUGCCUUGUUUGGGGUGCGCCGAUGGUGGCGGUUACGAUUUGGUGGGUUGUUGAUGCCCAUCGCUGGUUCAAAGGUCCUGUGGUCAAUGUCGAGCAUGCUAUUCAUGCGAUUGAGCAGGAGCCGGUCGUCAGUGAGGGCAUUGAGCCGGAGUCUCGAGAGACUGAGGCAACUGCUUUAUCCAAGACGGAUGAUCCAGAUAAUCCUAUCUAG